AUGAAACUUAAUUUGGUAAUGCUUUUUCAAACUAUAAUUCUGGGGGAGACAAGGCUGAUUUCAUCAUACGACCAAUGGCCAUUUUCUUUGACAAUACAAUAG